AAUACUUAACAUUUUUCUAAAGAAUGGUUGCUGCUACAAAAAGAAAAUAUAAAAAAGCAUUAGCCGAAGAGCCUGCAAAGAAGCAAGCUAAAAAAGAUCAUGAAUCUAAUAAUCAAACUGAAGAAGAAUAUACAAUGAACACUGGAUUUUCUGAAGAAGAAGGUGAUUGGGAAUCUAACUCAGAUGAUGAUGAUGACAAUGAUCAUGAACUUGAAAGUACCGAGAUCAAAAAAGCCAAACCAACUGAAGAUGAUGUUAUUUCUGGCGAAUUAGAAGGACUUAAAGAGACUGCCGAACUUUACAAAUCCAACAUUUUUAAACUUGAGAUUGAUGAAUUAUUAACUGAAAUUGCUAUUAAUUAUGAGAAACAUAAAACUUUGGAAAAGGCACUUCAUAAUUUAAAGGCUAUUUUUGAUUCUAUUCCUAAUGGCAAAUCAAUGAAGUUACAUGAAUUUGCUGAGGACAUGUUGAAAAAGAAUAAGAUUGUCACACCUUUCCCAGAUCCACAGCCUGCAAAAGAUGCAUUACAUCCAUUUGCAUUUGAAAAGCCUACAUCAAUGCACAUUGUAGGUGGAUAUGGCUUAAAAACAAUUGCCAAAUCAAAGAAGCCCUUUAAUGUUGAUGUUGCAGUAGAAAUGCCAUCCACUAUUUUCCAAGAAAAAGAUUAUGCCAACUACCGCUAUUUUCACAAACGCGCUUGCUAUUUAGCUGUUUUAGCUUCUGCACUUCAAUCAUCAAAAAAAUUCGAUAUAGAGUAUAGCAUCUUGAAUGGUGAUUUUCGUCGACCCAUUUUGUUGGUAAAGCCUAUAAAGGGCAAACCAGAGAUUGAUUUCAGUAAAACAAAAUGUGUUAUUCGUAUCUUGCCUUGUGUAGAUAGCGAUGUAUUCCCUUUACAACGUCUUGCACCUGGUAAGAGUUGUGUGAAGCCUGCUGAAGCUACCCCUCAUUAUAAUGCUUCUCUCUUAAUGGAUACUGCUUAUACGGGUCAUUUGGCUUUCCUCUAUCAACAUAUUAAAUCUAGUCAGGAUUUCAAAAAUGCUGUCCUUUUAGCACGUACUUGGAUUCAUCAACGUGGUUUGACUGCAAUUGGAUUCACACCCUUUUUGUUUUCCAUGUUGAUGGCUUAUUUGAUUCAGGGAAAUAAGGAUGGUAUGGGUAAAAAGCUUUCAUCUAGUCAUAGCUCUUAUCAAUUGUUACGUGGCACUUUGGAUUUCAUUUCAACUCAUGACUUUAGUACAAGUCCUAUUUUCUUGGGUGAAAAUGAAAAAGAAGGAUUUUCUUCUAUUGAGUUUCAAAAGGCGUUCGAUGUUGUUAUCGUCGAUCCUUCAGGUACCCUUAACUUGGCUGCUAAUAUGACAAUCUCUGGUUUAAAGCAAGUACAGCAUGAAGCACGACUUGCUAUGAACUUCUUUAAUGAUAGUACGGAUCGUUUUGAGGAGUUGUUUUUAAAGAAUGUCAAUGAUGCUAAACUUAAAUAUGACAAUGUGAUGCAUAUUUCCUUUGAUGAUAUUCGUAAAGCUCCUAUUUCAAAAUUUGAUGAAUCUGCUAAAGCUGAUCAUUACCAUUAUUUGCCCUAUUUUGUAAACUUGUUAAGUUCAAUUUUGAAUCGAGGUUUGACAAAUCGUGUGGAUCUUGUUGCUGUUCAUUAUGAAGGUCUUGUCGAGACUUGGCCCAUUACAAAAGCACUUGAAAAUAUUGAUGAGCAUGUACAGAUUACUGUAGGCUUAUUGUUGAACUCUGAUAACGCCCCUCGUUUAGUUGAUCAAGGCCCAGACGCUACACAAACAGAAGCUAUUGCCGAGUUCCGUAAGUUUUGGGGCUCUAAAUCUGAACUUCGUCGAUUUAAGGAUGGCUCCAUUGUUGAAUCUGUUGUAUGGCAAACUCAGGGAUAUGAAAACCGUACUCUUAUUGUCCAAAAGAUUUGUCUAUAUUUAUUAGAACUUCACCUCAAAUUGCAGCCUUCGCAAGUUAUCUAUUGGGCAGGACAAUUAUAUUCCUAUCUAAAUUACAGCAAGGCGUUACCUAAUCAUCUUUUCCACCAUGAAGAGCUCAAGAUAAGUGGUUUCCAAACUGUUAUGUCAGCUUUUAAUCAAUUCUCUAAACAAUUAAGACAAAUUGACGAUGCAUUACCUUUGUUGAUUAACAAUAUUUAUCCUGCUCAUGCCAGUUUACGUUAUAGUUCUGCAACUUUACCUCACCCUGUAGACUUUAACAAUAUGAUUUCUUAUCCUACUACGGCACGUUAUUUUGAUGCUAUUGAUGUGGUUGUUCAUAUUGAGCGAUCUGCCAAAUUUCCCGACGACUUGAAUGCACUUCAAAAAGUUAAGCAUGCUUUCUAUCUUAAAAUGUCCGAAGAACUCAAAUCAAGAUUCCAAGUCGAUUCUGUAGUCGUCGAUGAUAUUCGCGAACGCAAUCCCUUAGCAAUUCGAGGUUAUCUUGACGUAUAUUAUAUGGGCUAUCUAUUCCGUUGCCAUAUUCAUCUCGAGCAAGAAGCUACUCUUUUACAGAAGAUAAUUGAUUCUAAAACAACCACUGAUCUUAAUAAGCGACUUGCUAAGGAGGCUCUCACGAAAUACAUGUAUCAAUUACGAUAUAAGCAAACACAUACUUUUUACAUACAAGCUAUGUGUGCCCGAUUUACAGCCUAUUCAACUACUGUGCGACUUGUAAAACGAUGGUUUGGUUGUCACUUAUUAAGCCCUCAUGUGACAGAAGAGAUGAUUGAGUUAAUUGCUGCACAUGUCUUUUUAGAACCACAGCCAUGGUCAACACCUACAAGCACUUUUGUCGGAUUUGGACGUGUUUUACAUCUUUUAGCUACAUGGGAUUGGGCAACACAACCCUUAAUCGUAGAUAUCGAAGGCGACUUGACAUCUAAACAACGUGAAACAAUUAUUGCUGACUUUAAUCAACAACGACGUGUGAAUCCACAAAUGACUGUUGGAGCCAUGACAAUUGCGACUGCUAAAGACCUCACAGGUCAUCGCUGGUUUAACUCUACAAGAGCAAUAGCAGCACGUAUUACAGCCCUUGCGCGAGCUUCCCUUCAAGUUUUCACAACUACUAAUACUCCACAGGAUCUUAAGCGUAUCUUUGUGACACCUCUUGAAGAUUAUAGUGUCGUACUUGAUUUGGAUCGAUCCAAUUGCACUCGUUAUUAUCAAAACUUACACCCUGAACCUUAUGCAAUGAAAAUGCGUGAUGAUGAUGGAACACCCUAUGCUCAGUUAGACCCUGUUACUGAAUUUAUUGCUGAACUCAAAAAGUUAUAUGGACAAACAUUGCUUGUGUUUCAUAAUGCAUAUGGUGGAGAUCAAUUAGCACUUGUAUGGAACCCACUCAAAGCAACACCUAUUCAAUGGAAAGUAAAUGCAGGAUAUAAUUGUGUUCCUGUUGACAUGAACAAAAAUGGUUUCUUGAAACCUGCCAAGGGACAAAAUCAAAUAACUAAAAUGAUCCAGCCUAAUUUCAAUGCUAUUUUAGCAGAAAUUCGUAGAUUAGGUCAGGGUAUUUUAAAACAAGAAGACUAAGUAAUUAGAAAGAUUUAAUUUUAUAUGUAGAAUGACUGUAAAUAAUAAUAAAGAGCUUGUUGGUUAUUUAAAAAAUAAA